AACAUGUUGCAUAUCCUUGCGCUUCAGUCGGCGGUGUUACUUUUUGGAGUCGCUGACUGUCGAGUCUUAGAGGGAUUGCAGAGAUAUUCCUCCAUCCCCACAUACCUGCCUGUCAACUACCAGGUGCUCAACGCGGACUUGGCGUUCUUUCUGAAGGAAGCCAACCAGGACUUCAUGAGGAACUCUAGCCUGAUGUCGCGGACUGAGCCCUUCUUCAUAUACCAAGCCAGAAGUUUGCCCUCAAUGAACACUAGUUACGGACCUCUCUCUGUGGAGCAGCCGGUCCCUUUAGAGCUCCUACAGAGCCCAGGGACGUUUCCUGCCUCUUCUGUUUUCACUUUCAACUGGAAGGUGCAGACCUUUAUCAUGAAUACCAGGAUUCACUUGGCCAAGCCCAAAGUCCAGGUGCUGUUUUAUGUCGCAGGCAGGGACUGGGACGACUACAGUGCCAUCGACAAGCUGCCCUGUGUGCACAUGUUUGCUUUCCAUGAGACCCAGGAGGUGCGUGGGACUUGCCAGCUGAAGGGGGGACUGGGGUUGUGCGUGGCUGAGCUGGAGCCCUUAGCCAGCUGGUUCAGCCCACCCAGCGUGGUGCCUGGACGCCAGAGGAACCUUGAGAUGUCCGAGGGCACACCGGUGGAGCUCUACUACAUGCUGCAGUCCACAGAGGCGGGAGAGUGCCACUCAGAGGAGGCCAGGAAGGACAACUUCAUCCGCUCGAGCCAGGAGGGGCUGUUUGGUUCCUACACCUCCACACCACUGCGGAGGAUUGGUGGUGUGAGGCUCUACCAGAAUCCCGCUCCACCACCCCUCGCUGAACACAGGCUGGAUAAUAACUUUAUGGUCAUGGUGCCAGCCACACCUAUGAGACAGAGGGAAACCGUCUCUGCUUUUAUCACUGUGUCAGCCUACUCUCCUGUGGAGAUGUUUACUCUCAGAGUGAAGUUGAAAGAAGGAGUGACGUUUCUUGGUGCUCGUCCCAGCAAUCCCACUCAGUGGAUAGUUAGCCAGGAUGUGAGGAGUGAAGGCCAUCGAGUGGUGACUCUCCACUGUCGCAGGAAGGAGUCCGGCUAUGAUCAGCAAAGGUCUGAGAUGGGGGUUCAGAGGGUGCUCCAGGUGGAUCUGAAAAUGGAAAGCUUUCCAGAGCCGCUGGGCAGCCGCUGGAUGGCCUGGCAGGUGGAGUACCCGGCCAGUCGUGCCGCCACACAAGAGGCUGAGACGGAGAUCCAACUGGCUCAGGAGGACCUGGCGGGCAUCGUGCCCCUGGCCAUGGACUCUGAGAUUUUAAACACCGCCGUGCUGACUGGGAAAACGGUGGCUGUCCCAGUAAAGGUGGUGACCAUUGGAAUAGACGCCUCUGUGACCGAUGUCUCUGAAGCAGUCAAGUGUCGCUCUACAGACGAAGAUGUGGUCAAGGUGUCAGACAGGUGCGACUAUGUUUUCGUGAAUGGCAAGGAGAUGAAGGGCAAGGUGAAGAUGAUGGUGAACUUCACCUACGGAUAUCUGAGCGCUCAGCUGGAGCUCAACGUGUGGAUCCCUCGACUCCCCCUCCAGAUUGAGGUGUCAGAUACGGAGCUGAGUCAGAUCAAAGGGUGGAGGGUGCCCAUCAUGGCCACCAGUCAGAGGUACAGUGCUGUCAGGGACAGCGAGGACGAGGAUGAUGAGGACAGACGAGGACGAAGUUGCACCCUGCAGUACCAGCACGCCAUGGUCAGAGUCCUGACCCAUUUUGUAGCUGAGUCAGCUGAUCCCCGAGGCCAGACCAGUUUCAUGCUGGGCUCUGAUUGGCAGGUGGACAUUACAGAGCUAGUGUGGGACUUCCUGAAGGUAGAGGAUCCCCAGAUUGCACAGCUACUGGACAGGAGGAUUCUGGUGGGACUCGACAUGGGGAUGACCACUAUCCAGGUGUUGUCUCCUUUGUCUGACUCGAUCCUGGCAGAGAAGACUAUCACAGUGGUGGAUGACAAAGUGACCAUCACAGAGUUGGGGGUCCAGCUGGUGACGGGCCUCUCCAUGAGCCUGCAGCUCAGUCCAGGAAGCAACAGAGCCAUCCUGGCAACCACAACCACACAGGAGAUUCUGCAGAGCCCCAAACAGGAGGCCCUGAUCAGUGCCUGGCUCCAGUUCAGCGACGGCUCUGUGGCUCCUCUAGACCUGUAUAAUCCCGACUUCUUUGUCCUGACGGCCACCUCCCUAGAUGAGGAGAUAGUGACAGUGCAGCAGAACCCCUCGUGGAAAUGGCCUGUCAUCGUGACGGAGGCCGAGGGCCAAGGCCUGCUGGUCAGGGUAGAAAUGACUGUCUGCGAGGUCUGCCAGAAGUUCAAGCGCCGCAGCAUCCUGGCAGCGGGGAACUGUAACGUCAGGGUGAAGUUUGGUCACAGUGACAGCUCAAGGGGGGGAGGCAGCGACUACAGUCCUGACGGAGACGAUAUGGAGAACAGAGGCAGGCUUUCCCCGUCCCAGGACAGGACUGGGCCUGACACCCACUACUAUGGCAGCUCCAUCUCUGACAUGGAGGAUGGGGUGUUGAGGAGAGCCACCACCACUAGAAGCGCAAUAAUGCGUAGACCCAAUGGGGACAAACUUUCAGAUGAUGGUAGCCAAAACAUGCCAAUCGACUUUGCUGACUUCCCUGCUCAAGUGGACCUCCCCCGUGGCCGCAAUAUGGACGAUGACCUCAUGCAGACAGCUCGUGGGCUCACAGACCUGGAGAUUGGCAUGUAUGCCCUGCUCGGAGUCUUCUGCCUCGCCAUCCUCGUCUUUCUCAUCAACUGCAUCUCCUAUACCCUGAAAUACCGCCACAAGGAGCUCUCGAUCGAGGGCCAGGAGAACAUGAACCAUGCCCACGAUUGGGUUUGGCUAGGGAACGAGGCAGAGCUGCUGGAGAGCCAAAUCAGCCUGUCGCCCCAGCAGGAGGAACAGACUUCCAUGAUGGACUCAAGCAGCGGGCUCGAGGAAGGCAGCCACCUGCUGAACGGAGGCUCGGCCCAGAAGAACGUGCAGGGCCAAGUGCACCGGGCAGCAGACACAGGGUGCAUAGCCAAGGACAGCAAAGGAGACUCACCCACCACCAAGAGGAAGCGAGUCAAGUUCACCACGUUCACCACCAUCCCAUCAGACAGUAACUACCCCACUGUGAACACACUGACUGGAAGCCACAGCCAGGACAUUAAGUGGGUGUGCCAGGACGUGGAGCUGGGAGACUCCAAGGAGUUGCGCAAUUACAUGGAAAGGUUAAAUGACAGUGCUUUGAAAGAGGUGGCAUAAUGUACUGCGUGCACUUGUAACAAACUCACCCUUAUGCCUUUCAGAGGACAGUGGGUCUGGACCGAAACCGGACCCGGAUAUUGACUUUACUCCAAACUGCCAAAGGGUCAUCAAAUUAAAGAGGACUGUCAUCUCUCCACAAAUGGACAAAAAUUGCAAUGAAUGAGGACGUCAAUUUCUUUUUUCUUUUUUCAUUUGUUUAUCAGAUGAUUUUUGUCAUCACUUUAUUACUACAGGGUUUAGAUAGAAUAAUCCCAGGACUGAUCUGCAGCAACCUGUAAUAUCCAGACAAAAUGUAGAUUUUAAAAUGAACAGUAACCUGACUAGAUAGAUGUUCUGAAUGUGCGUGCUCAUUAAAUGGUUUUGGAAGUUUUGUAA